AGACAAUUACACUUUCACUUGUACAUUGCACCAACACUACCUACUUUCAUUCUGCAUUUCAAUCUUUAAGAAUGGCACAUAAUAUGCCCUCUCUAAGCGAAGCUGAAAUUUCUUGUGCUGAAGAAGUUGUGGAGUUAAGUCCGCCAGAAUUGAAUGAUGACGAAGUUAAGGAGUUUCGAGAUCUAGUAAUGCAAAACAAAUGGAAAGAUGUAAUUGAGAAAUACAAUAAUGAUAUUAAGUAUCACAAGAUACGUAUUAUCGGAAGAGGAACAGCAUUACACAUGGCAGUAAACAAUGAAAACAAAAAGGUGGUGAAAGAUCUUGUAAAAGCAAUAAUAGCACUUCAUAAUGAAGAGAGUUUGAAAAUACCGAAUGAAAGAGGUGUCACUCCUCUUCACCUUGCAGCAUAUAGAGGGUUCACUGAUUUAUGUGAAGUUAUAAUUGGAAAAAAAGGUGAAAGGAUAGAAUUGAUUAAAGAGGAAAAUCAUGAUGGAGAAACUCCACUUUUUUGGGCUGUCCUUGGACAUAAAAAAUUAGUGUUUGUUUACCUACAACAGUUUCAUCCACUUGAUCUCAAUAUUGUUAUCAAUAAAAAUAAAACUAGCAUCCUUCAUGUUGCCAUUCAGAGAGAAAUGUUUGAUUUGGCAAUUAUAAUAAUGUAUUUCUACAAAGGACUUAUCUCUACGAAGGACAGUUAUGGCACCAUUCCUCUUGAAAUUCUUGCUUCUAGGACAUCAGCCUUUCCGGAUAGAUAUAAGCUAUCUUGGUGGAAGAAUAUUUUGUUUUACUGUUUUACUACAAGCCGCGACGAUGUAGCAACUACGAUGAAAUUGUUUUCAUGCAAGGAUGAAGCUAAAGAAAACGCAAAGAAUGUCGGAUCGAUUAAUCCACAUAGAAGGUUUUCACCCCGCGUAGCCCUUGAGGGUUUGGGAUUUUCUUUUGGUCUUGGGCACUAUCGAACUAGAGACCCCAAAGGGAGCAAACCCUUGGGACCCGAGCUCCCUCCCGCUGGACCAACCCUCUCAGAGGGAGAAAGGUAUUGUUGUUUAAAUAUGCCUCUUUACACUGUUAAAGACUUAGAAAAAGAAUACAAAAUACCAAAUUCUGAAGAGUCUUUUUUUGGAUGGUCAAUCCUGUCAUUAUUGGGCAUGUAUAUUAAACGCUCAAUCGUGUCACUAUUGGGCUUUAAGGAAAUAAAGACUAUUAAGAAGAAACAGAUAUAUGGUUAUCAGCUGUUGGAAAAAUUUAUGAAAGAACCUAUUGAUUCAUACAUGGGUGGUGGGGAUGAUCGGCCACCGGCUAACACAAAUUUUGAUCGCCCUGAUUUUCAAAAAUACCAAGAGAUAAUAGAGAAAAAGGGGAAACGAGAUACCUCAAUGCAAGAGACACCAGAAAAUAAAAAAAUGGAAAAUUCAAAAAAUAAUGAUGGAAAAGAUACAACAUUUUCGAAAGUAGUAAAAAGUGGCAUUGCAGUAGAUAUUAAAUAUGAUAAGAAAGUGAAAAGUGAUGAAAAGGACAUAGCAUAUUUGAUUGCAGCAAGUCAUGGAAUAGUUCGCAUGAUGGUUGUGCUUGAAUUAAAAAUUGAAAGCAUGAUCGAUGAGACUAACUCUAACAAUGAAAAUGCAUUGCUUUUGGCAGUAAAGAAUAGGCAACCAGAUGUUAUUCAAUAUUUCCGGAACAUUUUACUUAAAGGAGUAUUUGUUCACCUAAGUCAACAGAUUGAUAUAAGUGAAAACACCAUGUUACACUUGGCAGCAUAUACAUCAGAACAGAGAAAAAAUACUUGGAAGAUAUCUGGUGUUGCCAUGCAAAUGAUGUGGGAUAUUAAGUGGUAUAAGAAAUAACACCAGAGUAUCUCCAAAAUAGACUUAACAAAGAUGGACACACUCCAAGUGAAGUAUUUAAGAUAACACACGCAGAGAUUCUAAAAAGUAGUGUUGAAUGGUUGAAAGAUACAGCAGAGUCAUGCUCAGUUGUAGCAGCUCUCAUUGCUGGUGUUUCCUUUGCGACAUCAGGCAGUGUACCAGGUGGCAAUCAACAGACAGGAGAACCAACAUUAGAAGGACAACCUGCAUUUGAAGGAUUCGCUAUAUCUUCAUUAAUUGGACUUUACUUCUCUGAAACAACACUCAUCAUGUUCCUUGCUAUACUCACUUCUCGAAAAGAAAUCAAAGACUUUCGCAUAAACUUGCCAGUUCAACUUCUUUUGGGCUUGAGUUCUCUCUUUGUAUCCAUUGUUGCUAUGUUUGUUUCUUUCUGUGCCGGACACUUCUUCGUGCUUACAGAUAAAUAUACAAAGGGGGGUAUCUUGUUCUAUUUAUAUAUUUCUAUUUGCUUGCCAGUCGUAUUCUAUGCAGUUGUUCAAGUUCCGUUAUUCAUUGAUCUUGUUACAAUUAUUUUGAAGAAGGUUCCGCCACCAAGUGUUAAGGGUGUUCAUCUAUAGAGGUGUUUGUUUUUUUGUUUCGCUAUGUGAAUUGAUACUAAUGAGUUGAAUUUGGUUUGUACUUGAAUAUUGUAAUUUUUCAUGUUAUGAGUAUUGGUGUGAAUGUAGUGUGAUUUUACUAAUUUGUAUAAA